AUGGCCUUUAUUUGUAUGUUGAAGGAGGUAGCUCUGUUUGCAGUGGCAUUAACACUUGCAACAGCUUCAGUAGCAUCUCAAUCAAAACCUGGUUGCCAAAGCCUUUGCGGAAAUAUCAGCAUCCCAUACCCUUUUGGAACAGGUGAAAGUUGCAACAUCAGUAGCAGACAUUUCAUUCGUUGUGACACCACCCUCAAUCUCCCAAGAGCAUUCUUAAGUUAUCCCGUCCCUGGCGGCGGUUAUGCCGAAAUUCGACUUCUCCACAUCUCUCUCGAUGGUUAUGUGUUUGUUACCUCUUCUGGGAACAUCGGUUACUACUGUUAUAAUUCAUCGGGACAUGACUCGGGAAGUUCAGGACGGCUCUCAAAAGGAUUGUGGAGUUAUCAAUUCUAUUUCAAUAACCUUGGGAACCAUUCCGGUGUGCUGAGUUUCAAUCCUUGCAACUAUGGAUUCAUAGUAGAAGAUGGAGCCCACAAGUUCUCUGUUUCAGAUCUUAAUGACACUAAUUUCAACCAAAGGGAAUUCCCACGUAUUCUUGAUUGGACAAUCGGGAACCAAAAUUGCACAGAAGCUCAAAAGGAUCCACAAAAUUAUGCUUGCAAGGCACAUAGUGCUUGCAUAGAUCCAGAUAAUAACGACGGAUAUUUGUGCAAGUGUGUUGACGGUUUCAGGGUAACCCUUAUCUCGGCUGUCAAGAUAUUAAGGAAUGCGAGACUGAAGCCUUGUAGUAGAGUUCUUGGCCCAAGUUUAGUGAUUUUGAUUCUAAUUGCUGGGGUGUGGAGGCUUAUAAGAAAAGUUGUCUCAAAUGAUGGUGGUUUAGAUAAAGCAAAACUAGUCAGUUCCGAGGAGCUGGAAGCCGCUACCGAUCAAUAUAACAAGAACAGAAUCCUAGGUCGUGGUGGCCAAGGUUGCUGCUUGGAGACUGAAGUACCUGUCCUUGUUUAUGAAUUCAUCCCCAAUGGAACCCUUUCUCAUUUCAUCCAUGACCAAAAUGAAGAGUACCCGAGGUCAUGGGACAUGCGGUUGCGCAUUGCUGCGGCAGUUGCGAGUUUCAUACCUUCACUCGUUUGCAUCGGUCCCCAUUUAUCACCGAGAUAUCAAAUCAAGUAA